GCAUUCACAGACUGUUGGUGAAACGAGCAAGGCUUGCAGGAUAUUUCCAACAAGGCACUAAGAGAAUCUGUUUUAAAAGAGGCAGACAAGUUUCAGUAUCACUGCCUUAUCUGUAGGCUAGCUUAGAAGUCUGGCUAUACUGGGGCUGUGCAAUGUAUUACUUGGAGCGCUGAACAAGAAAAGAAAGUGGUGCAAUUAAACUCGAGACCAUAAUCGCAGUAAAAACCAGGAAGGCAGCAUCAACACAGUGCAAGAAGGAGCUCCCACUCUAAAUAUCCAACCACAAGUAUCUGAAGUAUGCUGUGUUGCCUCCGGCUUUGCAGCGUUCUCCUUUGACGAUUGACUUUGUGCUUCUCCGGUGUUUGCCUGCUGAAACAGCUUUCACCGGCAGUAAGUGAGACGCGCAGGAGAGCUCCAAGUUUCCCACUUCUCAACGGACAACGGAUAGCACGGACCUCUAGCUGACAUGGAGGGCAGGUCACACGGUGCUAUGGGCUCUGCAGGACACGCAGAAUUCCCACCGGUGGAAGCUACGGCUGCAGACACCGCCUCGGUAGGAGCGUGCACCACCGGACUUCCUUGCAACAACGUCCCGCGGCAGCGGGCUUUACGCGUUGUGUACGUGCUCAAUGAUGCUGCCAAGACGGUGCCGGGUUCGAGCCCGGAGUUAGGAGCGCUCAACUGCCUGCAGCGCGCUUGUGACUCCGAGAGUGCGUUACUCUCCACCAUCAGCUUCGGGAGGCUGGAUUUUGGGGAGACUAGUGUGCUCGACUUGUUCUACGACGCAGAUAUUGCUGUAGUGGACAUGAGUGAUGUUACCAGACAGCCAUCUCUGUUUUACCACCUUGGAGUGCGAGAAAGCUUUGACAUGGCCAAUAAUGUUAUUUUGUACCAUGACACUGACAGUGAUACAGCACAGUCACUAAAGGAUAUGGCAAGUCAGAAAAAUACUGCUUCCACUGGAAAUUAUUGGUUUAUUCCAUAUGUUGAGAGUCCUAACAAUGAAUACUAUUACUGUGAAAGUGAUGCGCAGAGAAGAGCCUCUGAAUAUAUGCAGCCCAGCUGGGACAACUUGCUAGGACCUCUUUGUGUACCAUUAGUGGACAGGUUUAUUAGUUUACUGAAGGAUAUCCAUGUUACUUCCUGUACCUAUUACAAAGAAACUCUGCUAAAUGACAUCAGGAAAGCCAGAGAAAAGUACCAGGGUGAUGAGCUGGCAAAAGAGUUGUCUCGGAUUAAACUCCGUAUGGACAAUACAGAGGUUCUCACUCCUGACAUUGUCAUUAAUCUGCUGCUGUCGUACAGAGAUAUCCAGGAUUACGAUGCCAUGGUGAAGUUAGUAGAAACUCUGGAAGACCUGCCAACUUGUGACAUCGCUGAUCAGUGCAACAUUAAGUUUCACUAUGUGUUUGCACUGAACAGGAGGAACAAUCCUGGAGACCGAGAAAAGGCCUUGAAUGUGAUGCUCCAGGUGCUAGAGUCAUAUGAUCAGCCAGCCCCAGACAUGUUUUGCCUGUGUGGCCGAAUCUACAAAGAUAUGUUUAUGGAUUCAGACUGCAAAGAUACCAAAAGUCGAGAGUCCGCUAUUGAAUGGUACCGUAAAGGUUUUGAACUCCAACCAACUUUGUAUUCUGGAAUUAACCUUGCAGUUCUGCUGAUUGUAGCUGGACAACAAUUUGAAACAUCAAUAGAGCUCAGAAAAAUAGGUGUGCGUCUAAACAGUUUAUUGGGUAGAAAAGGGAGCUUGGAAAAAAUGAGUAAUUAUUGGGAUGUUGGACAGUUUUUCACAGUAAGCAUGCUUGCCAAUGACAUCACCAAAGCUGUGCAGGCAGCAGAGAAACUAUUCAAAUUAAAGCCUCCUGUUUGGUAUCUAAAGUCAGUAGUGCAAAAUCUGCUAUUGCUUCAGCAGUUUAAGAAACUGAGCCUUGAUAAUUCUCCAAAACAAGAACGUUUUAACUUCUGGAUGGAUAUAAUUGUAGAGGCAACCAAAGAAACAACCAAUGGACUACGAUUUCCAAUUUUAAUCCUGGAACCAACUAAGGUUUAUCAGCCAUCUUAUGUGUCAAUCAACAAUGAAGCAGAUGAAAAUACUGUUACGAUAUGGCAUGUCUCACCUGUAGAAUCGAAGGGAAUUCAUGAAUGGAAUUUCACUGCAUCUUCCAUCAAAGGGAUAAGCAUAUCCAAAUUUGAUGAACGCUGCUGUUUCCUCUAUGUUUAUGACAACUCAGAUGACUUUCAAAUGUAUUUUUCUACUGAGGACCAAUGCAACAGGUUUUGCAAGAUGGUGAAGGAAAUUCUUGCUGAUGUGGCAGGCACUGCUGUCGAACUAGAGGGAGAAGCGGAUGGUGAAACUCUAGAGUAUGAAUAUGACUAUGAUGAAAAUGGUGAGAGAGUGAUACUAGGGAAAGGUACUUAUGGCAUAGUGUAUGCUGGACGGGAUCUCAGCAAUCAAGUUCGAAUAGCUAUCAAAGAAAUCGUAGAAAGGGACAGCAGGUAUUCUCAGCCUUUACAUGAAGAAAUAGCACUGCACAAGUAUCUCAAACAUCGUAACAUUGUCCAAUAUCUUGGAUCUGUCUCUGAAGAUGGCUAUAUUAAAAUCUUCAUGGAGCAAGUACCAGGAGGUAGCCUUUCAGCACUUCUGAGAUCGAAAUGGGGUCCACUGAAAGAAUCAAUGAUCAAAUUUUAUACAAAGCAGAUCCUAGAGGGACUCAAAUAUCUACAUGAAAAUCAGAUUGUACACAGAGACAUAAAGGGGGACAAUGUGCUCGUAAAUACAUACAGUGGGGUAAUAAAAAUUUCUGACUUUGGCACUUCAAAGCGACUUGCUGGUGUAAAUCCUUGCACUGAGACAUUUACUGGCACAUUGCAGUAUAUGGCCCCAGAGAUUAUUGACAAAGGGCCACGGGGAUAUGGUGCCCCCGCUGAUAUCUGGUCUCUUGGAUGUACAGUUAUUGAGAUGGCAACAGGAAAGCCACCAUUUCAUGAAUUAGGGGAUCCCCAAGCAGCUAUGUUUAAGGUGGGGAUGUUUAAAAUUCAUCCAGAAAUCCCUGAAUCAUUGUCACCUGAGGCAAAGGCAUUUAUUCUACGUUGCUUUGAACCUGAUCCUAACAAGAGAGCUACAGCUGCAGAUCUUCUCAAAGACCUGCUCCUCAAACAAGUAACAAAGGGCAAAAAGAAUAAAAUUGCACUCAAAACUCCUGAUUAUAAUCGUAGUGCAUCUCUUCCUUUGUCAAUGCAAGGAGAAGGUGCUUGCAGCAGCAGUAGUGAACAUGGAUCAGUUUCCCCGGACUCUGAUGCAAAGCAAGAUGUUUUCUUUGAAAAGAAUAAAAGGUCAUGUUCAGAAAGUCAAAUGAAAGCUGUAUCUAGCUUUCUAAGUGUUCCUGAUGAUGCUUCUGUUUCUGAGGAUCGCAGUUUCCCUCCAUCCCCAGAUGACAGAGACUCUGGGCUUUUCCUGUUGAAGAAGGACAGCGAACGUCGAGCCAUUCUCUACAGAAUUCUUAAUGAAGACCAAGACAAAGUCCUUUUAAAUUUACAAGAUUGUUUAACACAGGGUUCUGAAGAAUUGAAGCUUUCAGUAGAUAAUAUCAAAGAAAUAAUUUGCAACUUGAGAGACUUCAUUCACUCACCUGAUCGUAAGAUUAUGGCAUCGGCUAUUUCCAAACUGAAAUUGGAUUUAGACUUUGACAGCACAUCUAUUCAUCAGAUUCAGCUGGUGCUGUUUGGAUUUCAAGAUGCAGUGAACAGAGUAUUAAGAAAUCACCAAAUUAAACCACAUUGGAUGUUUGCAAUGGAUAACAUUAUCUGCCGCGCAGUACAAGCAGCUGUCACUAUUCUCAUUCCAGAACUGCAAGCUCACUUUGGUCCAGCUUCAGAAAGUGAGGAGGUAGACAAGGAUGCAGAUGAAGGGGAGAAUCAGGAGAUACAUCAAGAAGUACAGAAUGAAAAUGAAGAUGCAGUUUUCACUUCUGGAGUGAGCACGCUUAGUUCGGUUGUAUCUCACAACUUGCAGCAACAACAGCAUCAUCAGCUUAGCCUGCAGCUAAACAAACUCAAACAGGAAACAAACAGGCUGUUAGAAGACCUUGUCAGAAAGGAAAGAGAAUACCAGAUGCUACUACGAGAGACUCUUCAACAACGGAAUCAAGACCUUCGGCUGCUUAAGUCAAAAUCCACACCCAUAGAUAUUCCAGAACAUUCUACGUGUGCAUCCCACAAGCCUGGUGGAGAUAAGAAUCUUAUUGAAUGGCUGAAAGAACAAAAUGCUGAUUCAGACACCAUUGAACGAUUUGUUGCAGAAGAUUACACACUUUCUGACGUCCUAAAUUACACUGGUAAAGAAGACCUACGACACCUUAGAUUGAGAGGAGGAAUUCUGUGCAGAAUUUGGAAUGCAGUAGAGACAUUCAGAAAUAAAGAAUCACAAAAGCAGACAUCGAAAGCAGAAGAAUAGGCAAUGUUGAAAUAAGAAGCACAAAAAAACUGUGCCUGGAAUUAUCGAUGACCAAAGAAUGCAGAAAAGUUCACUAAAUUAUUCUACUGUAUCUGUGUUAUGUGUUUUGAAUGUUUGUUUUGUAUAUAUUUAUUCAGCAGCUUUGCACAAGCUUGUUGUGUGAUAGUUCAUUAUGUUGUAUUAAAUGUAAAUGUGAUUGAAAUAGUACAGCAUCAUAGCCAUCAGUGAGAAGGUAGUACAGACAUUUUAAUGCAAUACGGUUUUCCAUAGCCUUAAUUUUUGCAUCUGAACAUGCAUAUUUCAGAAACAGAACCUGGGGCUUUAUGUUUUAGUGUAGUUGGUGGUGUUAUGGGAACAGUGACUGGCAUUGGACCUUCCCCAAGCAGGACAUGUACAAUAUUAAUUAUCGAUCAAGAUCCUGCCGAGUAUAAUCAGAAAGUGGCAUUCACUGAAUUAUACAGUAAACAUCUAAGCACACAUGAACAUCGCACAGUCUUCCAGUACUUGGAGCUGUGCUGUCUUAUGUCCAGCUGUCCAAUGCUGUUGAGUUGCAUCCAAUUCCUUUAGUGAAACCCAUGAACAGUCAAAGCCAUCAGUAGAGAUAACUAGGCCAUUUAGGGAACGGGAGUAGGUUGCCAGACCUUUCCUCCUUAUCACACACCCACACACAUCUAUGGACAGUUUAAAGUCAUCACUUCACCUGCCAUAUAUCUUUGGGAUGUGAUAGGAAAUGGGAGUACCUGGGGGAAACCCAGGAAAACAUAGGGAGGACAUACAGACUCUAUACAGAAGGCAUCCCAGCCAUGAACUAAAGCUGUGAACCUUUAGAUAACUACAAAUGGCAUGAUAGUCCAUUGAUUUGUGUUAAUGCUGGAGUUAACCCAACCAGUAACAAAGCAGUAAAUGACAUUUGUACUAACUCGGUGGCCCUAGUGGGCAUGCGCAUGAGAUUGAUUUAAUCUCCUUUAGGAACUGUUAAAAUUUCAGUAGGUCUGCUAUCUGCAACACAGGUUGCAUCAGUAUUUAUGCAGCAUCUGUCAUCAAGAUAACAAACUAGGGUCCAUAAGCUGUAAAGUGUUAAUGUCUCCUGCAUACUUUCUCUGAUGGUUUGCAUAAUGUUUGCAAGUUGUAGGGUUAAGUGUGGACUCCUUCAGGUACUGCACUGUGCUUGAAUGAUAUUGGCAACCUUUUUUGAAAACUGCUGUAAUUAUAAAAGAAUUAAAAAAGACUGCAUAAAAUACAUCAUAUCUGAUACAGCAUACACGUGUCUGCUGACACUGUUUUCCCUAGAACUUUAUUAAUGGUCUGAAGAAAAUAAUCAUAAUAUAAGGAUGAACAGGCAUAGUUAAAUGCAAGCAAGAAAUAAUCUCAGGAUCACUGCCUAUUAUAAAACAUUACACUGUAUAAAACUGCAUGCUUGUCCUUUAUUGCUAGCUGGUAGAGUUCAGCAGUUAUAAAGGGUUUGUUUUUUGACCAACAGAGGAAAGAUAUUUGGUUUCACAAAUAACAAAGCAGUGACAGAAUAUAAAAGAGACAGUACAAAAAUUUACAAAAUAAUGAUCCAUUUAAUCAUGGUUUAUUUAAAACACAUUUACAUGUUACUAUACAAAAAUUCAUUUAAUAUUCCAUGUUACUGAUAUGACAAUAUUUAUAUUUUUGAUGUAAAAGUAGUUGCUCUGCCUAAUGUCUCAGACUUGUUGUAGUAUAUGUAAAUAGUGUUAGAGGAAGCAUUUUACAUCCAAAAUAUAAGAUUUUUCAAAAAGAUGUACAGAUAUUUAUUUCAUUAUUUGUCCCUUACUCUAUAUAAAAGGUUUUGAAGAACAGAUAAAUUGGUUCAGUGUGUCUUAUGAUAAUUGAUGGGUAACAGAUAUAUACUUUCCUGCACAUUGCAAGGAAAUGUAUAAUUUUUGCCUUGUAAAAAAUGCGUUAUAGCAAGCAAUCUAAACUCAAAAGUGUCCACGUCAUUAAAUGUUACUUUACCCUGCCA